AUGUCGGGCCACGGCAAGCAGAGCGGGAAGGCGCGUGCCAAAGCCAAGUCUCGGUCUUCGCGGGCCGGGCUGCAGUUCCCGGUGGGCCGCGUUCACCGCCUUCUGCGCAAAGGCCACUACACAGAGCGGGUCGGAACCGGGGCCCCGGUUUACCUCGCGGCCGUGCUGGAGUACCUGACGGCCGAGAUCCUGGAGCUGGCGGGCAACGCGGCGCGGGACAACAAGAAGACGCGCAUCAUCCCCCGCCAUCUGCCGUUGGCCAUCCGCAACGACGAGGAGCUCAACAAGCUGCUAGGCAAAGUGACGAUCGCGCAGGGCGGCGUCCUGCCCAACAUCCAGGCCGUGCUGCUGCCCAAGAAGACCGAGAGCCACAAGGCUAAGGCCAAGUAAACCCAGCCUCGAAGAGGCAGGAUCCGUCUUGUCAACCGCUAAACAGAACCCAAUAGCUCUUUUCAGAGCUACCCACCAUGUUACAGGGAAGAGCUGAAUGUCGUGCUUAGAAACGGAAGGUUUUCCUUUCUGAUGCGCAGGAUAGUUUUUUCUAACAGUAACACUGGGACACUUGCCAGUUUUACCUUUCAUCGGCGUGUUCGGUAAUGAGCUCUUGAGGGGAAAAGGAAGGACAGAAAUAAUUGGAGGUAUUAAUGCCUCACUGCUAUGUCUGCAAAAAUUGAACAUGUCAAAAGAAGACAGAUGUAGUGUUGGGUAGCACGUAGAAAAACAUGAAAUGGGGUGAAAAAGCCUGAGUGAUCGGUAUAUACAUGAUAGAUGCCUAUAUAUCAUCUGCAGGCAGUUUCUGAACCUGACAAAGCGUUUGUGCAUGGAAGAAUUUUUCCAAGUAUUUGACUUGGUCUAAUAAAAGAUACCUGAUGUACCCAAAGCACCUUGUCUGCCUGUGUCUUCAGACCAACGCUGCUACACCGUACACCCCCGUAUACGACAUAGUACAUGUAUUCUCUUGACCAGGAAACUGAAUAUCCGUGACAAGCUGCAAACUGUACCUCAUCACUCAUUCAUUUUAGGCUACAGAACUAGUUUCCAAAAAUGACUGGGCCACUUUAUUAAACCAAACAACCAAAAUGGGGUAUUUUUAUUUUUAAAACAACUCCCCUGGUAUUUUCCAUCUCA